CGCGCAGCAUCACAUUCAACUUUUCCCUUGUUCCAAUGGCUCGGCUUAGAUGUGGUGCCGCCUUGAAGGCGGGACUGGGUCCCAGCCGGGGCCAAUGGCGCCCCGGGUGAGGGUUGAGGGGUGGAAGGUGCCGGCUAGCUGGCGGUGCAAGUUUCUUCCAGCUCGUGCGCUGGGCUACCUAGUCGACAUGGAGGCUGACUUGACCGAAGAGCUUGAUGAGGAGGAGCAGCUGGUGAGAAGGCAUCGCAAAGAGAAGAAGGAGUUGCAAGCCAAAAUUCAGGGUAUGAAGAAUGCUGUUCCCAAGAAUGACAAAAAGAGGAGGAAGCAACUCACUGAAGAUGUUGCUAAGUUGGAAAAAGAAAUGGAGCAGAAACAUAGAGAAGAACUGGAGCAAUUGAAGCUGACUUCUAAGGAGAAUAAGAUAGAUUGUGUUGCUGUUAACAUUUCAAACUUGGUUCUUGAGAAUCAGCCACCUCGGAUAUCAAAAGCACAAAAGAGACGGGAAAAAAAAGCUGCAUUGGAGAAGGAACGAGAAGAAAGGAUAGCUGAAGCUGAAAUCGAGAACUUAUCUGGAGCCAGACAUGUAGAAAGUGAAAAACUUGCUCAAAUAUUGGCAGUUAGACAGUUGGAAAUUAAACAGAUUCCAUCUGAUGGCCACUGUAUGUAUAGAGCCAUUGAAGAUCAACUGAAAGAACAGGAUGGCACUCUUACUGUGGUUGCCUUAAGAUGUCAAACUGCUAAGUAUAUGCAAAGCCAUGUAGAAGACUUUCUGCCAUUUUUAACAAAUCCCAAUACUGGAGAUAUGUAUACUCCAGAAGAGUUUGGAAAAUACUGUGAUGAUAUUGUAAACACAGCCGCAUGGGGAGGCCAGCUUGAGUUAAGAGCUCUGUCUCACAUUUUACAAACACCAAUAGAGAUAAUACAGGCAGAUUCUCCUCCUAUUAUAGUUGGUGAAGAAUAUCCAAAAAAACCAUUAAUACUUGUAUAUAUGAGACAUGCAUAUGGCUUAGGAGAACAUUAUAAUUCUGUUACACCGUUGGUAAACACAGCUACUGAAAAUUGCAGCUAGUUUACAAAAUGUUACACAAUUAUGUUUUAGCUUAUAGUGUGCCGAUCUAAGUAUUCCUACCAAAUGCUGAAUUGUUCUGAAUGCUACUGAAAAACACAACUACCUUAAAUCAAUUUUAUGGCAAAGCUACUUACUAAUAGCCUUUUUAGAACUAUAUCAAAGAUGAACUUUAACCAGUGUCCUUUAAGUGGAAUUUUAAAAACUUGUAAGCCCAUUGUGGAAAACAUCAUUCAUAGACCAAGAUGGUACCCUAUUUGCUGAUACUUUCUAUUUAUGUUGGAUCUUGGAUAUUCUGUUCUGUGUUGGAAUAUUUAAAUAUUUUUAAUUCUUCCCCCUUGUUACUAAAAGCUUUCAAAAUAACCAUUUCGAUGUAAUUAUUCUUGAAGAAGUGGAAUGACUCAGUCUUUUUGUCAUUGCAAUAAUGUAUUGUGUUAAAUUUAAUUAAUGCUUAUAAAAUGAACUUGAUUGCAGUAACCUUGGUAUUGAUGGGAUUAAUGCAGUGAAGCUUUUUAUAUAACACUCAUCGAAGUGCAGCUGAAAAACUUGCUUUAAUAAUUAAGAAUUUUUAAAUAUUUAUUCAGAUAGGAAUCAGUUGUUAAGUUUAAAGAAAUGAGACAAAUUCAAAGGUAAAUAGGUGUUCUCUAUCAGAUUUAAAACUCUAAAGAAUUAGGGAUUAGUCUUUUAUUUGGGUGUAAAAAAGGCCUAAUAGAUUCCUGUCUUUCUAAUUUAUUUGUUAUACUUUGGUGUUUCUUAAACUUCAUACUGGAGUUAGUACCAUCAUCUCUUGAUUUCUUUCAUAACUCCACGUUUUUAUAUUUUCUGCUGUGUUCUUUCCAUUACCACUCAGCUGCUUUGCUUUCCUUAUGCCUUUUUCACUAAGAAACGUUUUGUGGCUUCUUUUAUUCUUUAGCUUGUACAAGUUGAGGGAGUGGCAGUGUAAAAUGUCCAAGGCCACAUUUACUUAAAAUGUUUCUUCUUUUGUGAUUCGCCUUACAUCUCAGAUGUCUUCAUUCUUUAAGAUUGUUAUUCUUUUUUUUUGCUUCAUUAUCCAAGAUUAGAAGAAAACCUUUGUUACUUGUUAUUUUAUUAGCCUGAUUAAUGUUACUUUUCUUUCAAUUCAAAUAUUUGAGAAUUUUUAUGUUGCACGUAUGGAUAAAGUUGAAAGCCACUGUUUGAGAGCUAAGACCUGCAUAGUAAAAUCAGUACACAGUAUUUUUCUGUGUGAAUGAUUUAUUCAGCUCAGACUUCAGGUUACUCGUAACAGUAUUCUUUCUAAGAAGAUUGUACCUAUAUGUACAAAUGUGUUUGAUAAUUUGUUAUGUAAGGAAGUAUUAUGAAAAUGAGACUUUUGGUUUGAUCUAUUUUUCCCAAAUUAGUUAUAUAACUAGUAAGAUUUAGCAUCGAGUUUAUAACAUUUGAAUUUUUGCUUCAUAAAUACAACUAAUUUUUAUAAGUAAAUAUUUAUAAUAUUAAAAAUGGGUGUCAGUCUCACAUGCCCAGCAGGUGACAAUGUGGGGCACUGGUAGGGACUGUGGCCAAUGAGAGCAGGAAGAAUUUUCUACUUCCUGAAGACAUUCCACUCAUGAGAUUAAAAACCAUUCUCCCUGCCAAACAAAAUAUAUUUGAAAGGCAGCUUGCUUUAUAACCCUUGAUCUGAAUUUUUGGGGAUCUGAAAUUAAUAAAAGAAUGAAAUUAUAAAAUACUAAACACUUUGGGUUUAUUUUGAAGUAAUCUGUUACUUUAAAA